UUAGUCAGAAAUGACGUAGCCUGUAGAACACAACCGCCCGGCAGUAUUUCAGGGCGACGCUGGUCAACGAUCCUUCAUCUCUUCCUCCCUCUUACAUCCAUCCCUGAAUGCACAAGUGAAUCUUCCUCAAGAAUUACCUCUUUGAACACAUCUCAAACUACCACAAUGUCGAGUGACAAGAACAACGGCUCCGGUUUCCUGGGUGGUCUCGGAAAUGGCCUCGGUAAGACUGUCACCGGCGUGACGGGCACCCUGGGCAGCGCGGUCGGCGGCCUGGGACGAACCGUCGGCGGAGUCACCGAAGGCAUCGGACGGACGGUCAGCGGAGCCGGCGAAAGCCUCGAGGGCACGACCAAGAACGUGGGCGAGUCGGCGGGAAACACUUUCAAGAGUGACAGUGGCAAGAAAUAGGGAGUCCCGACGUUCCCCGAGGUGGCUCUGUAUUUUAUUACGACGAUGUUCAUUUAUUCUGCUCCGAUAGUGUUUAUAUUAAUUCCCUUCACGCGCUAGGUUGAACCUGAUGUGAAUGUCGAUGUCUUGUAUAGUCAAUCAAGUGUGGUUCAUUCUUCAAUCCUACCAUUAUUA